AUGACAAUCGGUGCCUCAACUUCGAUGGAAGGCAAAAGGUCAUACUGUGCCCUUCCCGCCCAAAAGCGUAUUUCCCUUUGUGGCGUAAGAGGGCGUGGCUACGACCUUCCGCCAACCCGAGACGCGCGCGCGCAAGCACAAACGGGAAAGCGAAGGGUCAUGGCGGAAGAAGCCGCCGCGGUGACGCGCCGCCGCUUUUUGACGCUUUGCGUGGUGCUGUGCGCGCUCCCGGGCGCCGUCGAGGUGCGCGCCCGCCAGAGGGAAACGCGGAGACCGGGCCGGCUCGUGCACCGCGUGGACUCGAACUUCGUAUCCGUCACCAUCGACGCCAGCCUGGCGGAGGACGAGAGCUUCGUGCGCGUGCUCAGCUCUCCCAAAGUGCGCUCGUUGGCGAAGGCGCUGGCUCCGGCGUUCGUCCGCUUCGGAGGAACCCGGCAGGACUUCAUGGAGUUCCAGCCGCAGGCCGGCGGGCCGGGAGCGCUUCCUUCGAGCGGCCAGGGCGGUUCGGGCGGAAGAGGAUCGCAGCCCCCGCUUCUGACGGGCCGGUGGGAGGAGCAACUGAUGGCGGGGUGGCGCGAACAACAACGGCGGCUAGCCAGAGAAGACGCCGGCGGCCGCAACCGACGGGUCAAGUUCACAGAGAGCACGCUGGACGAGCUUCACGCCUUCGCCAACGCAUCCGGUCUGGAUCUGGUCUUUGGACUCAACGCUCUGCUCAGAACCGCCGACAACAGCUGGAACGCCAGCAACGCGCGGGCGCUGCUAGGCUACUGCGAGGAGCGGCGCUACCGAGUCUCGUGGGAGCUCGGCAACGAGCCAAACAGCUUUGAGAAGAAGGCGGGGCUCCGCGUGAGCGGCGAGCAGCUGGGCCGGGACUUCACGCGGCUCAGGGAGAUGAUGUCGGAGUCUCCGUGGCACCGCCGCGCGCGCCUCUACGGGCCGGACGUGGGCCAGCCCAAAGGACGCACGCCGGACUUGCUGGACGGGUUCUUGCGCAGCGGGGCCGACGCCAUCGACGCCUGCACGUGGCACCAUUACUACGUGAACGGGCGAGACGCCUCGUUGGACGACUUCCUGGAUCCCCGAGUUCUGGACUCGCUGGCGCUGAAGACCAAACGCGUCACGGAGGAAGUGAAGCGCGUGUCUCCGGGGAAGCCCGUGUGGCUGGGAGAGACCAGCUCGGCCUACGGGGGCGGCGCCGCCGGCCUGUCCGACACCUUCGCGGCGGGAUUCAUGUGGCUGGACAAAUUAGGAGUGGCGGCCAAAGGGGGCGUGUCGGUGGUGAUGCGGCAGGUUCUGGUCGGCUCAGGGGCGUACCAUCUCCUGGACGAGCGGCUGGACCCGCUUCCUGACUUCUGGCUGACGCUCAUUCACAAACGCGUGGUGGGCCGCGGCGUCCUGAGCGCCUCGGCGUUUUCCGCGCGGACCCGAAGCGGCCGAGUUCGUCUGUACCUGCACUGCGCCGCCGCGCCCAGGUACAGGCGGGGCGCCGUCACGCUCGUCGCCAUCAACCUCGACGAAAGGCCCGCCGACGUCGGCGUUCCGAGGCGGCUGGCGAGCGGCGACGUCGACGCGUUCGUGCUGCGGUCGGACCGACGAGGCCGGGCCGGACUUUUGUCCAGGCGCGUGACGUUGAACGGGGUCGUCGUGGAGAUGUCGGGCUCGACGCUUCCCCAACUGGUCGGCAGGCGAACGCCCGCCUCGGGGGGCCUGGCGCUUCCCGCCUACUCGCUGGGGUUCUUCGUCUUCACCGACGCUCGCCGCCGCGCCUGCGCCGAAUGACCGCCGCCGGCCGUCGAUUUGCUUUUUACAUGUCGUACAGAGCGCUGAAUACUUUGAUUUCAUUUUUUUUAAUGAAUCAAUAACGCUGACCCUGCAAUGAUUUUUGCUUUGUUGGCGUAUCCUGCCUAGCGACAAGUGUGCUCACUGAAGUGACCCAGAUCCGAUUUUGUUUUGUUAGACUUGAAUAAAAUUGCAACGUAAGACAAAGAUAAUCGACGGCAUUCGAACAAAUUGGCAAAAAAAUGGAGACUUUUAUUAUUUGACCAUUUUGACCCAAGAAGAAGAAGAUAACAUCCAAACAAAACAAAUUGCCCCCCCCCCCAAAAAAAAGGCAAAGACCAAACAAUCUUCAAAAGUCGGCCAAAAAUGGAUCCGUUUUUACAAAUUCUGACCAGCUUGUAAACGUCUCCCAAGCGGUCUGAAAAAUAUGAUUUUCGUUUCGCCGAAUGUGCCAAAUGGGUCGGCCGGACCCGAUUAUGAAAUAAUUACAAAAGUGGAUGUGUGAAAUGAUCUCAAAAGAAAUCAAUAAAAAGUUUGAUAAUA